GAAAAAGGUCGUGGCUUUCAAAACAAAAUGGCAAAAUAAACAAAGGGUUUCGUUCUUUCUUUUUCGUUUCGUUUCAUUUCAUUUCAUCCCCCACUGUCUUCUUCACUCACUCAUUCAUUCCUUUUUGGGUUAUGUUUCAAUAAAAAAAAACCCACAAAUUUAAUUCCAAUAAAUCAACCUAAUUUCCCAUCAAGAUAUGAGCUUGGAUCCAGUUAUGCAGCGUGUUACUCACAAUGUUGAUGAACAUAUCUCGCAGCUCAUGGAGUGCAAACCCUUGUCUGAACAGGAGGUUAGGUCAUUAUGUGAUAAGGCGAAGGAGAUCCUGAUGCAAGAAAGCAACGUGCAGCCGGUUAAAAGCCCUGUCACAAUCUGCGGGGAUAUUCACGGGCAAUUUCACGAUCUUGCAGAGCUUUUUCGGAUCGGUGGGAAGUGUCCGGAUACAAAUUAUUUAUUCAUGGGAGAUUACGUUGAUCGUGGUUAUUACUCGGUUGAAACAGUGACGCUUUUGGUGGCCCUCAAAGUGCGUUAUCCACAAAGAAUUACUAUUUUACGAGGAAACCAUGAAAGUCGCCAGAUCACUCAAGUUUAUGGGUUUUACGAUGAAUGCUUAAGAAAAUACGGUAGUGCUAAUGUGUGGAAGACGUUUACCGAUCUAUUUGAUUAUUUCCCCCUAACUGCAUUGGUUGAAUCGGAAAUUUUUUGUCUUCAUGGUGGAUUAUCCCCUUCAAUCGAAACACUUGAUAGUAUAAGGAAUUUUGACCGCGUUCAAGAAGUGCCCCAUGAGGGGCCCAUGUGUGAUCUUUUAUGGUCCGAUCCCGAUGACCGUUGUGGUUGGGGUAUUUCACCUCGGGGUGCCGGAUAUACAUUUGGUCAAGAUAUAUCUGAGCAAUUUAAUCAUACAAACAGCUUAAAGCUAAUUGCUAGAGCACACCAGCUGGUUAUGGAAGGAUUUAACUGGGGUCACGAACAAAAGGUGGUGACAAUCUUUAGCGCACCUAAUUAUUGUUACCGUUGUGGGAAUAUGGCUUCGAUUCUUGAAGUAGACGAUUGCAAGGGUCACACUUUCAUUCAGUUUGAACCGGCCCCAAGGAGGGGAGAGCCGGACGUGACACGUAGGACACCGGAUUAUUUCCUAUGAUACUGACUUGGCCGUUCUCAUCCGACCAACAUGCGCCUAACCGCUCGUGGGAAAUAAGGAGGCCGAAAAUGGAAUAUAUGAAUAUUUAAAAUGUGGCAGUGAUGCUGGAGUUAAUUUGGUGCACAAACAUCAGUUUGGUCAUUUUCUGUUGUUUUUUUUUGUCUGUAGAGGGAAGGCAUAUAAAGUGUUUGUUCUUUAAUUGAUGUCUUUCCUUUUCUUGUUUUUUUUUUUUUUUUUUUUUUUUUUUUGAUGUUAUAAUUCUUUUUGACAUUAGUUAAGAAUACUCUAUUAAUUUGUUAUCAAGAUUCAUUUGAAAUUUAAUAUCUCAGUUACAUUUGUA